GCAGAAAAUGGGACACAAAUCACAAAUGUGAGACUGAUACAUAAUUAUUUUAUUUGAAUCCCGAGCUGAACAGUCUUCUACUUCAUCCUCAUUCACGCCUCCAAACUUUCCUUUUCAUACCUAUGAUACGACGUGUCCAGUUGCGGUGAUUUUCAGGGAGUAUGCGUUUCAUGUUCCGUUGCCGUGCUUUCUCCACUGAAAUUCCUCACUACCAAACAAUCUUUUGAGGCCAUUCUCUCGCCAACUGUGAGCAAGAAACCCUCUGUUCAUAAACAAUGUGGAACAUUGCUCGGACACUAACAGGAGAUAAUGAAGAUCAAGAAGAGGGUUUGUUGGGUGAGGAUUCAGGUGGCCUCUGCUCCCUCUCUACAACGCAGAGAAUUUAUGGAUUUGCUUCUUGUUUGGUUGCUGGUCUGGCUUGCAUGUUACUGUCAAUGAUUGUUUUUGCAAAACCCAUCAAAUUUGCAGCAUUGUUCACCUUUGGCAACCUGUUAGCAGUUGGAAGUACAGCCUUUCUUCUUGGACCUGCACAACAAUUGGGAAUGAUGGUUGACCCUGUUCGCGUUUUUGCAACAGCCAUAUACCUUGGAUGUGUGGUUAUAGCACUUAUCUGUGCUCUCUGGAUUCAUAGCAAAGUGUUGACCAUAAUUGCUAUCAUAAUCGAGAUCGGUGCCCUUAUUUGAUCAUUAAUAGUUCCACGUUGUUACAGGUAUAGCCUCAGUUAUAUACCCUUUGCUCGAAGAAUGGUUUCUGAGUUGAUGAUAAGAUUAUGUGAUACAGAACUUUGAAAAAAAAAAAAAAGCAAAUCAAGGAUGCUCGGCAUUUUGAUUUUGUAGCGCUUUCUGUUGGAAUUACUGAUUGAUUGUGGAAUUUAGAUUAUUUUGUGCCAUGAAGCCUCUUGUUGGCCUUUAGGAGGAUUCAUGUUCAUGUACAAAUAAUGAAUUAGAAUUGUUUCCACGAAGUUGCUGAGGACACAAAGAAAAGGUGCUUUGAAGUGGUGCUUUUACUUGGUAAUUCAUAUAUUUAGUGUCUUUUACUUGGUAAUUCAUAUAUUUAGUGUCUUAGCCUCUUAGGAGUCGUUUAGUUCCAACUGUCCUAAAACACAAUCUAUAUUCUGUUGAAAAUUCCAAAUUAUUGAUA